AUGCCCAACCCUGCUAACUGGGCACAGCUCCAGCGAACAAUUGCGGGCACACGGCAUGCUCAGUUUGUGCGCCAUCUCGUCAAGAGCUUUGAUUUACUAUUCUUUGUACAUGUCAUUAUCAUUUACCUCCAUGACAUCUCGACGUUCAGCUUCCUGCUGCGAGCCCUCGUCCAAAUGGUCUUCUUAUCACCUCACUUGCUCAAAGUCCGAAUUCCUCCCCAGCUAAACCACCGCCCUAUAAUCGGGUUCGUGAUUGCUACAAACGCAUAUUGUAUCCUUCGCCAUGCAUUCCACUCUUUCCCCCAUCCAGUCUACGCCACACCAACCACGUUUGGUGCUGCGUCUUCUUCAUCUUUUUCCUCUGCAUCUACUAACGGCUCUCCAUCAUACACUGUCCAUCAGUCGCCACGAAACAUUCUGCACGGCGGGCUUACGAUUGAGUUUGUAGGCGCGCCACCGUUUGCCUCUGCGUGGCCGUUUCUCGUCCUGGACACGUGCGUGCUUGCACUUCAGCUCAUUGUGUAUGCGCUCAACUUUGCAGAAAAGGACAGUGACGAAAAUGGUGGCGGAAAUGACCAGCAACCUAGACAAUCCAACACAGAGGAAGAAGAAGAAGAAGAAAAUAGCCAGAUUGAUAAUGAUAGAGAAGGCUAUGAACAGGUACAAGAAACAGCAAGAAUCCUAAGAGAAGAAUUACAGCAUGGAAUAGAUACAGACUCAGGUGUGCGCGAUGCAGGUGAAGGUCCCAGUUCUGCAAGACCUAACAUUACCACACAACACUCUCCAACGUCCAGGUUAUCACCUCCGGCGUCAUUACCCCUGCGGCCGUCGUCCAGCUCAUCAUCGGGACCUAGGCCUGGAGACAACAUUUACGAGUCGUACUCGGGGAACCUGAACGUGCGUAACAUUGAGGUAUUUCAUACAAUUGCACGAUCAUGGACGUCGCAUGAACGGUACUGGGAGGCACAUGGGGGCCGGCCAGCGCCUCUGACGCAAACACAGCAGCAGCGGAGGCAGCGACGACGACGACGACGACGACGGCAGGCAGGUGGAGAUCUGGAACGCGGCAGCGCGGAAGAGUCUGAAGAUGAAGAAGAAGGAGAAGGAGAAGAGGCGAACGGAGAUAACACAAGUGGUCGUGCGCAGAGACGGCGGGCAAGACAAGAGAUUGAACGCACGCUACGGUUCAUGCAGGAAAGUGUGGCUGCGCUGGAGGGCCGUGCCGAGCGGCGUAGUGGCAACGGGUCUGAGCGAGGCAGUGGGAGCGGGACGUCAGCAGUUUCACGGGAAGAGCUUGCACGGAUUGCGGAAGUUUUACGGGCUGAAGGGUGGGGACAACCAUCUGUAGAUGGUGAGGGCCAGGUAUUGGACGAAAGCGGGUUCGACAGUAGUAGUAGCAACAGCGGGAGUGAGGAAGAUGAUGGAGAUGGACGGGCGGCGGUGACGUACGGUUCAACAGGAGAAACGGUGGCAGGGCAGAGUGGGAUGUGGGGGUCGGACGAAAGUGAUGAUGAUUUGUAUGCACCAAGGCAGGCAAGCGAGAGUGACUCGGUGUCGGUGUCGGUGUCUGAUAGCAGUAGCAGUGACGAGGACCAGUCGGGGACUGGGGGACAUGGAUCUGAGAACAAUGUGUUGAGUUCGUUUAUGAAUUCUGUUAUUCCGUAA